GGCUUUAACAAAUCAGAAGAAGGAGAAAAAAUAUCUCGGAACUUGUUUAUUUAAUAGAAAUAUCAGAACAUAAUCCAAAAAGCAAAAGAAAAAUCAUUAAAAACAAAACACAAAGCAGAAGGCACAUCAGGCACAUUAUCUGUCUCAGUCUCUCCUCAUCGUAACGGCCUCCAAUACGCCUCCUCCUCCACCUCCACCUUCUCAACAUACUUUGCCUCUAUACUAUUUAAUAACGGAACGUUACUUGUAUAAAAUUUUUGGAGCGUCAUUGACGCGGAUGUGGAUGCGGUCAAGAUGAUGUUCACACGCGCUCAACUGCGCAAGCAGAAGACAAGCAGCAACUCAAAUAAUUCCCGGCCACGAAGCGCCGGUUCAUCCUCAUCCAGGCAUCAAAGCGGCCAAAAUCAUGAGUUUCGAAACAAACAGAGCUCAUCUAGCAGCAGUGGAGCUGGCAGUGGCAUUAGUGGGGCAAGUGGACGAUCUCGGGAUCGUGAUCGUGAUCGCGAUGGUGAUAAUCAUCAUUAUCAUUAUGGCAAGCAGCAUUCCUUUGAAUUACCACGACAGCACUCUAAAGAAGAGGCAUACAGCAGAGAUAGAGAUCGGGAUCGGGAUCGAGAUCGAGAACGUGAUCGAGAACGUGAUCGCGAUCGUGAUCGAGAUCGUGAUAGUGGCAUUGCCAGCUCAGUUGGUAUCGGUGGAACCAACUCUAACAUCUAUGUGGAUAGAAGAACCCGACCACGCAGCAUCACAAAUCGUCGAGGUGCCAUUAAGCAUCAAAAAACGCACGAUAUAAAUGGUCAUCGAUUUGUGGCCAAAUUCUUUCGCCAGCCCACAUUCUGUGCCUUCUGUAAUCUCUUCCUUUGGGGUUUCGGUAAACAGGGCUAUCAGUGUAUAAUCUGUCAGACAGCGGUUCAUAAAAAGUGCCACGAGAAGCUUCUGGGCAAAUGUUCUGGCUCGGUUUUCACUUCGGCCAGCACAAUACUGUUACGGGAAAGGUUUAAAAUUGAUAUGCCACAUCGUUUCAAGCCACAUACGUUUAUGUCGCCAACGUUUUGUGAUCACUGUGGAUCCCUAAUGGGAGGAUUUUUUAUCCAAGGACUCAAAUGUGAAGAAUGCGAUGUGAAUUGUCACAAGAAAUGUGAAAAGCUAACGGCCAAUUUAUGCGGUGUCAAUCAGAAGCUUAUUGUGGAGGCUCUCAAUCAUGUGAAGCGAGGAGCACGAGAAGCACGAGAUUCACCCAGUACACCGCCGAGCUUAAAUCCAGCCUAUAAAAUCGAUGCCAAUGAUGGACAUGAUGAAACAUCAUAUACAUAUUCACAAUUCCAAAAAUCCGGACGUUUCACUGCGCCAGCAACAGUAAUACCUAGAUUUAAGAAUUAUUCGGUAGAUGACUUUCAUUUUCUGGCCGUCCUGGGCAAAGGAAGUUUUGGCAAGGUUCUUCUGGCCGAACUACGUGAUACAACAUAUUAUUAUGCAAUCAAAUGUUUGAAAAAAGAUGUCGUACUCGAAGAUGAUGAUGUUGAUUCAACACUAAUUGAACGCAAAGUCUUAGCCUUGGGUACCAAACAUCCAUAUCUGUGUCAUCUGUUCUGUACAUUUCAAACGGAGAGCCAUUUGUUCUUUGUGAUGGAGUAUCUGAAUGGUGGUGAUCUCAUGUUCCACAUACAGGAGAGUGGACGCUUUUCAGAGGAACGGGCACGUUUCUAUGGCGCUGAAAUCAUAUCGGGUCUUAAAUUUCUACACAAAAAGGGCAUUAUCUAUAGGGAUCUCAAAUUGGAUAAUGUUUUAUUGGACUAUGAGGGUCAUGUGCGUAUAGCCGAUUUUGGUAUGUGUAAAUUGCAAAUCUAUUUGGACAAGACAGCCGAUAGUUUUUGCGGCACACCCGAUUAUAUGGCGCCCGAAAUCAUAAAGGGUGAGAAGUACAAUCAGAAUGUGGAUUGGUGGUCAUUUGGUGUGUUGCUCUAUGAGAUGCUAAUUGGACAGUCGCCAUUCAGCGGCUGCGAUGAGGAUGAACUUUUCUGGUCCAUAUGCAAUGAGAUUCCAUGGUUUCCUGUAUAUAUAUCCGCCGAGGCCACGGGCAUACUUAAAGGCCUUCUGGAAAAGGAUUAUACAAAACGUAUUGGCUCACAAUACAGUCCAGCUGGUGAUAUAUCCGAUCAUAUAUUCUUUAGACCCAUCGAUUGGAAUCUUCUAGAGAAACGUCAAAUCGAACCACCAUUUAAACCUCAAGUGAAACAUCCGUUGGAUACGCAAUACUUUGAUCGUGUCUUUACCCGUGAACGUGUUCGUCUCACACCGAUCGAUAAAGAAAUCCUAGCAUCUAUGGAUCAGAAACAGUUUCACGGUUUCACCUAUACAAAUCCUCACAUUACCCUGGAUUAGAGCCCUAGAAUAUACUUUACUCUAUACAUACAUACAUAUCUCUAUCUAUACAUAACUUUGUUAAAUUAUUGUUUUGACUAUUUCGUUCUUCUUAGUACAACACAGUAUUUGUAUAUGUACAUAUUAAUUGUGGUUUUCCAUAUAUUUUUUUUUUUUUUGUUGAUUUAUUCCCUCAUUUGUUUAUUUAUUUUAUUUUUUAUGUUGUUGUCCUACUAGGUUUAGAUUUCCAUCAGAUUCAGAUAAUCUAAACCAUUCAAUGCUAGUCAAGUCAUGCUCUAGAAAUACUCAAUAUAUAUCUAAGUCUUUAAGUCUCUAUAUAACUGAAGGAAACUCAAAUUGUAUAUAUAUAAAAAUAAUCUUAUUCUAUUCAAAAGCAAGUAUAUAUAUAUAUAUAUAUACUAAAGUCGUACGUACUAUAUAAAUCUAUGGAAUACAAUUAAAGAAAAAAUAUAUAUAAAACUAUAUAAGAAAGAUUAUUUUAUGAUUAAUGAAUUAACUAUUAUAAGUUGGCCGGAUUGGAUUUUUGGAUUGGAUUUUUUUUGUCUGACGUCAAAGGUUUUUUUUAAGUGUUGUAAAAGUCAGUAAAGUAAAGUUGUUUAAAUUUUUUUCAAAUCAAAGUAGGACAUGACAUGGAAAUGUCAUUAUUUUAGGCAAGGUACUGAUUUGAGGUCCCCAUAAUAAUCAUUCUGUAUCCAACUGUGUUUGGAGUAACACCUUUUGGAACUAAACAAAAUUAACACAAAAUUCUAAAUUUAU